CAGCUUGUUGAUAUAUCUCAAGUGGAGUCAAAGAAAGAGUUCAUCUAUAGAGUUAGAGAUGUUGUGAAUAAUUUACCUCGAUCAGUUGUCAUUGUUCUCAGAUAUUUAUUUGCAUUCCUUAAUCACUUAUCAGAAUUCAGUGAUGAAAAUAUGAUGGAUCCGUAUAACCUGGCAAUCUGCUUUGGUCCUACUCUUCUACCCAUUCCUGAGGACAAAGAUCAGGUUCAAUAUCAGAACCUAGUAAAUGAGCUUAUAAAGAACAUCAUCAUAUAUCAAGAAGAAAUAUUCCCAGAUGAUGGUGGUAUAGUCUAUGAAAAGUACAUUAGCACAAAUGUCCCUGAUGAAAAGUAAGUUAAACAUUUACUAUUUUAUUUUUA